UACACCGUUACCCGUAACAAUAAAUCGCAGAGAAAUGGGAUUUAUGUAAGUACCCUGUUUGUUAUUUUUCUUAUUAUAAGUUGUUUUCUCAAUAUGCCACAUUUGACGCACUAUAGAAAAUCCAAGUCAACAAUUGAAAAAGCUUGCGGGAUUGUUACUUAUGAAAUUGAUAACAAGCGUAAGAAUAACUUACCAUUACUUCUUAUUGUGGGUUGGAGGAUAUCCUUCAUCGGAAAAAACAAGUGGUUCGUCUUUAUUGGCUGUGAAACAGAUCCGGAUUUUCCAGACAAAAGUUCUAUAAAUAAAUAUUUGAAAGAAAAUGGAAAUAAGGGAUCAGAUACUUUGGAAUUUGAGGAACAUUCAAUGAUCAUUGACGGAUCGAUAUCUGAUGGGGUCUUCGAUCACGUGGCAGAUUUAAUGUUUUUGAUUGGCCACAUGAUCGCUUCAUGUUUUCAGUAUAAGUUUGAGGUCCUUUAG